AUGGCGGACCGACAGGCUGUCCAGCAGAAUGUCAACUCUCUGCUCUCCAAGCUUGAUGACCCCGAUCCGGACAUGCGAUACAUGUCGCUGAACGACCUUCUCGGCAUCCUGAGCGCCCCUACUUCUUCCUUCCUGUCCCACGACCAGCACUCCUCGUCGCGUCUGGCGGACGGUCUCCUCAAGGCCCUGGAUGACCAACAUGGCGAUGUCCAGAACCAAGCCCUAAAAUGUCUCGCCCCCCUCGUCGUUCGACUGCCAACCGACAGCCUCACCUCCAUCCUGGAACAGCUCUCCGCCCUGACGGCCUCCCAGACCGUCGACACCUCCGUGCCCAACACCGCCCUGAGAACCAUUGUCACGGCCCUGCCCCGCCCGCAGACCGGUCAGCCACCGAGCCCCGAGGUCGCCUCCGCGUACGCUUCUAUUGCCAAGGUCUUGAUUCCGCGCCUGGUCGGCCCCACCCCAUCCCCCUUCAGCCGCCGGGGGUCCACCGUCAAAGGCAUGCUGGAGAAGGACCAAUCCCGGGGUUUCAGCAGUGACGCCAUCGACGUCCUCAUCCAGGUCGUCACCUGUUUCGGUGCCUUGCUCAAGGACUCCGAAUUGACCGGCCUGAAGGCCUCGGUCAUGUCCAUCAUCGACAAUGACACGGCUGGUACCGUCGUCACCAAGAGAGCGCUGGCUGCUAUCUCCGCCCUGGUCCUCCACUUCUCCGACGCCCAGCUGAGUACGUUUGUGUCGGAGCUCGUCGAACGGUUCAACUCGCCGCAGUUGAGCAUCGUCCGUCGCCGCCACCUGAUCGCCGCCGUCGGCAGCAUUGCCCGAAGCGCCCCGGCCAAGUUCGGGCCGCACCUGCCCACGCUGGCCCCGUUUGUGUUUUCGGCGGUGGGCGAGACCGAUCUGAGUCAGCCAGACUUGAUACUAUUGAUGAUCGUGGAUUCGGUCGACCGGCGAUGCUUCAACUACUUGCUGAAGCUAGACCAUCUCAUCCUGGAUCGUACAUGCCGUUUUCUCAACCUUGACACGGUUGGGCGUUGCCCCCACGCAGCUUCCCUAUCCAUCUUGGAGCACCAUGUCGCCCCUUCCAAAGAAAACAUUACCCCCGGCGUCAACAUGCAUCUUUCUACCGUCCUUGCCCUAUCAGGCAUUGGCUUACUGGGAUGCACGACUGCUCUCCAUAUCGCGGAGCUUCCGAAUACCAAGCCCUACAAUGUUGUGCCGGUGUCAGGGGCCACCAGCUCCCCCAAUACGCUGACUCCACGUGCGGAACAAGCCCGAUGUGGACCUGGAUUUGGUCAUUGCACGGAUGACAACUGCUGCUCCACCGCAGGUAGGUUCUCCACAUCACACUGCCGCUCACCGGACUGUCAGAUUGACUUUGGUCACUGUGACGCACUUGAAGUCCCCGGCGGCAACCCCACGGACGACGUGCCUCGACCCAAACUUGGCAGUGUCCCAUACGGCCCGCAGACCAUUCGAUCCUGCACCAAGCAGGGGGUGGUCGCGCUUACCUUCGACGAUGGGCCCAGAGAACACACCAAGGAUCUUUUGGACCUGCUGGACCGGUACAAGGCUAAGGCGACCUUCUUCGUCACCGGAAACAACAACGGCAAGGGGGAGAUCGAUUCUCCCGACCAACCCUGGGCCGACCUGAUUCGCCGCAUGGUCAAUAGUGGCCAUCAACUGGCAAGCCACACCUGGUCCCACCAGGAUCUCAACAAGAUCACCCACGAGCAGCGUCUGACCCAGAUCCUGUUCAACGAGGCUGCGCUUCGCAACAUUCUGGGUAGUUUCCCGACGUACAUGCGGCCACCGUAUUCGAGCUGCACGUCCCAGACGGGGUGCCUGGGUGACCUCGGUGCGCUGGGCUACCAUGUCAUCUUGUACGACAUUGACACCGAGGAUUUCCGUCAUAACUCCCCAGAUCAGAUCCAGAAAUCCAAGGACAUCUUCAAUCAGAACCUGGACAAGAAGAAGCCAUCGUGGCUCGUCAUCGCGCAUGACGUGCAUGAACAGACCGUGCACAAUCUGACGGAACACAUGCUGCAGCGGUUGGCCCACGAUGGGUUCCGAGCCGUGACCGUCGGCGAGUGUCUGGAUGACCCCCCGGAGCUCUGGUACCGUGCCGACGACGGUGACAAUGGACGGCUUUCCCUGAAGAGUUCCGGGAGUUCUCAGAACCCCAAGACAGGCCCUACGCCCAAUGGCAAGCCUAAGAAUGGACCGAAGCUUACGACACACAUGGGAAAAUCGAAGCACCAUCACAAGGCAGCCAAGUCGCAGGCGGCUCCCGUGGUGCAGGUUGGAUUCGGUGUGAUGGGACUGGUUUUGUUGGCGGCGAUUCUGGUUCAGUGA